GACGGUAUCCAAUGAGGGAACGGCUUUGGUCGUGACACGUCAAGAUUCUCCCGACACCACACCAAGAAGGAGAGACAGAGCUUCGCUUCAUCUCCUUCCUCUACUCUUCUGUCGCUAGUUUCCUCGCGCAGAUCGAUAAGCACGAGAAAUGGCUUGUGUUCGUUCGAUAGCGUCUUUAACUUCUGUCACUCAUUCUCCUCGACAUGUUUCACGCACCUCAGGCAUUGUCAUGUCUUCAUGCUCUGUUCAUGCCAUCACUCCCUCCUCCUUCACUGGCUCUCCCAUUUCCCUCCCGAGACUCCAUACACCAUCUCCAACAACUCUAAGACCGAGGAGUCUCGUCCCUAUCACGAUGAUGGUCAAGCCGUCGCUCCAGUUCAUACAAGGUACCGAUGAGCUGACGAUCCCUGACGUCAAGCUAACUCGGUCAAGGGACGGAUCUAACGGAAUGGCACUCUUCUCUUUCGACCAGCCUUCCGUUUUUGACUCGAGCGGUGAGGUUGGUGAGAUAACCGGUUUGUACAUGAUUGAUGAGGAAGGUGUGAUUCAAUCGACGGAUGUGAACGCUAGAUUUGUGAACGGGAAACCGGAAGGGAUUGUGGCGAAGCACGUGAUGAGGACGCCGAAGGAAUGGGACAGGUUCAUGAGGUUUAUGGAGCGGUACUCUGACCAGAACGGCUUACAGUUCGUUAAGAAGCAAUGAGGUUGGGGACUUUUCUAUGAGCAAAAUGUGUAUGUUACAUUUUUUAUUAUAUUUUUAACUCUUUUGGUUUUAUAAUCUUUCUCUCCUAGUUUUGAUCUUUA